ACAACACAGACCUAUUUCUACAAACAUGUUCAAACUGGUGGUGUUGUUCGCCGUUUUGGCCGCAGUUAUUGCAAAACCUACAGUUUUAGCGCCUCUAGUACACAGCGCAGCCGUAGUUGGAUCAGUACCCACUUCUAUCAGCGAACACAGUACUUCCAUCGUUCACGAUCACGCUUUGGUAAGUCCAGUUGUACGUACCGCUCCAAUCGUACACGCCGCUCCUAUUGUUGAAACUUACGUCGACGCCCCUGCCGUUGUGAGCACACAUGGUGUCAUUGGACAUUCGGUAGCUCUAGGACACGCUGGACUAGUUUGGUAGAAGCUGAAACG